CAUGGCCGGAAGUGCCGUGUGUGUGAGACUGUCGCCCGGCUGCUCGGUCGGCGAUGUCCGUGUUUGGGGAGCUGAAAGAAGUGGCAGCAGGACAGCGAGUUGUCUGGGGCAGGUAGCAUCUGGAAGAACAAUCCUGAGGCACAGUUUGAGAUAGCCUGACACUAUGGAGCUGCCAAACUAUAGCAGGCAGCUCAUGCAGCAGCUGUACACCCUAAGGAAAGAAGAACAGUUUUGCGACUGCACGUUACUCAUUGGCAACACUCCAUUCAGAGCGCACAAAGUUGUGUUGGCUGCCUCCAGUUUGCUCUUCAAAUCUUUACUGGACAACACAGAUACAAUCUCCAUUGACCAAGCUGUUGUCAGCCCAGAGGAGUUUGCUGUUCUUCUGGAGAUGGUCUAUGCAGGGAAAGUUCCACCCGGGAAGCACAACUUUACAAAAGUGGUUUCUGUUGCCGACAAUUUGCAAAUGUUUGAUAUUGCUGUCAGUUGCAAAAACAUUGUGGCAAACUUAAUGAAGCACACUGAGGGAAAUGAAAUGAGGGCUUCGAGCCCUGCUAUUGGUGAAGAUGCACUAAGUCUGGCCAUCAGGCGUCAGUGUUGUGUAUCUCAAGAAGUGGACAAUAAUAUGCCUGCUUCUAAUAAUACUGAAGUAACUGGACCAGCAAAGCAAAACCCCUCUCUGGAAGAAAUAAACUGCACUGAUGUUGAAGGCUUUGAAAGCACCAAUGUUGCACUGUCUGCUGAGGAAACUAUUCUGUUUGCUGAUGAUUCAAAACAAGAUGUUGAGGAGCAAGAAAGUUCAGCAGAAAGCCAUGUGGCUGACAUCCAGAGUGCUAGUUAUUCUUCAGGUUGUACUGAGGGUGAAGAAAUUCUCAGUGAGCCCCCCAGCAAGAAAGGGAAGCUUUCAAUAACAGAAGAGCAAGAUCUCUCAGAACAAGAUUUCCUCAUGCAGCAUAAACAGGAUCUUGCACAGGCUGUCCAGGACUUACACGCUUUAGUGGAUUCUGUGGUUAAAUGUGACGACAUCCCAAUGGAAGAGAAAAAGGUAUUCCUUGACUGCUGUAAAGAAGCAGAAAGCAGUGAAGUUUUUUGCAAAUUAUUGGAUAACGUCAUAGAAGAAAAGACUUUGCAACUGGAUACCCUGUUGUUUGUGCUUGAGCGGAGCAAAGAAGCUUACCCCAGGCUACAAACUGUGCUUCAGAACUUAAACCGAAACCUGCCCAUAGAACGUUUAAUAGAAACUGGUCGUAUUGAUAGUGAAGACUUUUUGCUCAACCUUUACUUACACAAAGAGGAGGUUCUGCAAUGUGUGACGGAUUUGAGCCCUUUAUUGGACUGCCUGGAGUCUGCUGAAGAAAUGGUUUUCAGCGAGCAGGAGAAAAAGAUAAUUGUGGAGUGUUGUCAGGGCGAGACUGCAAGAGGCGCUAUGGCUAAAUUGUUGAGCAAAGUCAUUGAAGAGCGACUGCUCAGCACUGAGACUGCAUUAAAUCUUCUUCGAACACUGAAAGAGGCUUCUCCAGUGCUGCAGUCCUUACUGAACACCCUCUCAGCAGAACCAGAGACAGCUGCAAAGUCAGAAGCGAAGACCCCAGAAGAUUAUGGGUUGGACUUGCUGAGGCGACAUCAAGAUAACAUUGUUGAUGCAGUAACUGAUCUUCAGCCUCUGCGUAACAUCCUGUCUGUUGCCGAGGAUAUAUCUGAUGGCGAAAAAGAGAGUAUUGAAGAUCUUAUUAAAGAAAAAGAUGUGGUUGCCUGUGUCAGCAAUUUGAUGGAAGGAGUACUAGAGAAGCAAACAUUGGCAGCCCUCACAGUCUGGAAACUGCUCAUCCGAAUGAAAGAAGGCAUGCCAAAGCUGCGUGCCCUGCUAGAUAAGCUGCAAAGAGAAUCGGAAAGUCUCCGACUCAUUUUAUCUGUGAAUGACGAGGAAAGUAAAGCUGUGGACAUUUUGAAAAGACAUAGAAGGUUGAUCACUGAUGGAAUUGACGAUAUCAGUCCACUUCUGGAUUGUUUGAUGCCUGGUGUAGAGAAUCUUCCAGCUGAAACAAUAGAGAUUUUGAAGAGCUGCUGUUACAGGGAGACUGCUAGGCAGUCAUUAGAAAUCAUUCUGGGCAAAGUUCUAGAAGAGAAACUUAUUCCUGCACUGACGUUCUGUAGACUCUUGCAUAUGAUCAGUGAGUCCCAUCCAUCCCUUGAAUCAGUAACAAAGGCAAUGGAACAUGCAGGACUAAUGAUAGAAACAGGGAGUGACGUGGAUGAGGAUCAAAAGGAACACCUGCAAAAUGAGGAAGAGACACAUGAAGAUGAUGCAGAGCACCUAGAGGUCCUUGGCCAUGACAGAGAUAGUGACAGCGAACUGCUUUCAGAUCAGAAGAAAGUGAAACCCAAAUCAGGAACUAAGCAAAUCUUUACGUGCAGUGCAUGUGGCAAGUCUUUUACAUUUAAAUGUCGCCUUGAGCUGCAUCUCACCCGCUGUCGCAGUAUCAGUCACCUUAAAGGCACUAACUGUGAGGAAGGUAACAAGACCCAGACUGCCCAGAAGGAUCUAGAAAAGCACAGAGUCGAAAUGAGCGGUGCACCAAAGGGAAAGAAGAGGCGAUUUCCUGUGACUUGUGACAUCUGUGGGAAAUCCUUUGCUCACCAAUCAGGAAUGCAGUAUCAUAAACGUUCUGAUCAUUUCGAUGAGAAGCCUUUCUCUUGUAGUGAGUGUGGAGCAAAGUUUGCAGCAAAUUCUACUCUAAAGAAUCACAUGAGGCUGCACACUGGAGAGAAGCCAUUCUUCUGCAAACAAUGUGAUAUGACUUUUAUGCAGGCUGCUGCAUUGGCCUAUCACAUGAAGAAAAAGCACUCUGAAGGGAAAAUGUACGGAUGCCAGUACUGUGAUGCAGUGUUUGCCCAGUCGAUCGAAUUAACGCGCCAUGUGCGUACUCAUACUGGGGACAAGCCAUAUGUCUGUCGAGAGUGUGGCAAAGGAUUCAGCCAGGCUAAUGGCCUCUCCAUGCAUCUCCGAUCUUUUCACAAUGUUGAAGACCCAUAUGAUUGUCAGAAAUGCCGGAUGAGUUUUCCAACCCUAGAGGAGCAUAAGAAGCAUAUCCAGGAUGUCCAUCCACCUGAGUACAAUCCCUGUGAUGUUUGUGGCAAGAAUUUCAGUGCUCCAUCACUUCUUGAAAGGCAUAUGGUCACGCAUAUUGGUGGAAAGCCAUAUAACUGUGACAUUUGUGACAAGGCCUAUCAGCAACUUUCUGGGUUGUGGUAUCAUAAUCGUACCCACCAUCCUGACAUUUUUGCAGCACAGAAUCACCGCUCUCCAAAGUUUACCACUAUGAUGUGCUCAGCAUGUGAAAAGUCCUUUGGAAGCACAGCAUCUCUGAAUAAACAUAUGAGAUCUGACCAUUCAGAUAUCAAGAUGCUGGAGUGUGAGAACUGUAAAGACACCUUUGCCACCCAAGCCUUGUUGCACAUACACAGGAAGUCCAAACAUUCAGGAAUCCAUCCAUUUAAAUGUUCGUACUGCUCAUCAACAUUCAGAUUCCCUGGAGCAUUGCAUCAUCAUUUGAGCACAGAACACCUAACUCAGCAAACCAGCACAUUUGUGUGUGGAGAUUGUGCCCAACUGUUCAACUCACAACAGGACUUAGAAGAACAUCAGAGGAGCACGCAUGCUGGAAUCCUGUUUACUCAUGUGCAGGAAGCAGCUGAAAUGGUUAUCCAAGCAUCAGAACAAAUGCCUGCCACUGAACAGGUUGUAUCCCUCGAGGAAACGCAUCUCAGCAAUGUUGGAUCGCAGGUGUUUGUGGCUUUGCCCAAUUCCCAAGAUUGUUCCUCAGGGCCUCAUGAAAUUGUGGCAUUGAAUGUGAAUGAUUUACUUGAUGGGUCUGUGACACUUAUCUGUGGGGAGACGCCAUGAAAAAUAGCAAGUUUAAAAAUAGGCAAUCUCAACACAGUCCCAUGGCGUUCAGUGAUAUGAAGAAAAACCUUUGCUUCACAAUCUAGUUUAUGAUCACAGAUCACACCAACUUCAGAACUUCUUUGAGUGCUUUAUUUCAGCAGCGAUUUUACGUAUGUUUAGGAACAUAAUCAGUACAAAUAUCUGGUAAUUCUGCAAUACUUGAAUGACAUAGUAUCAUAUUUAAAAUGAAGUUGUUAAGCUGGAGCUGCAGUAAGUCUAGCAAUAACAACAGUAGAUGAUCCUUUUUAAUCCAUUGAUUGUUCCUUUAUUCCUUUCAUAGAAUCACAGGUCCUUAAUGUUAUAGAACAGGAUUGUUCCAAGUUUGAUCAGUGAUUCCUGAUAUGAGGUAGUGCAGCACAUUGGAAAAAGAGGUGUGAUGGAGCCACAGAAUUGGGUUUGACAUUCCCAUAGUUAAAGGAUGAAUAAUAAACUUGGAGUCUUGGGAAAGGUGUGUUGACUUACCCAACCAACACUAUAGCCUCUGUUAACACAGCCAUAAAAUGUAUUUUAGUUUGUGCCUUCCUCUACCAGCAGAACAAAAGAAGGUUAAAGGAUAUAGAUAGUAAUUUCAAUUUGCAAGGUGGAAUUCGAUAGUGCACAAUGGUGCCUGAGAUUGUUCAGGAUUGUUAUAUUGCUGCUAACAACCAGUUUAUAGAAAUGGUUCUAAAUAGGGACCCUAUUACAUUUAUGGAUGCUGAAAUGUGUAGCAAAGUUGGUUCAAAAGUAUUAGAGAUUACAGGAUGAUAUUUAUGAUAAAUCCACUCUAAGCAAAAGGGCAAAUCCCAAUCAAUCACUUACUGUCAAAUUAUCCAUCAAAGUUCAUCAAAAUUAGUUCUUCAAAAGCUUCUAACAUACUAGUCCUGUGUUUGUAAAA